AUGGCGAUUACGUUAUUAUGGAAUCUCCAAAACCUAUGGCCAUUUUCUUCCUUCAAAUCCGACGACCUCAAAUCCUCCAAACAACUCGUAAACAAACUCAACAUCCCCGAUCACACCAAACAAUUCGUCUUCGCAUUACGCGAUCCCAAAACCCAAUCCCUAAUUUACAUUCUCUCCUCUCUUAACCUAUCGGAACGAUCGUCUUUCGAUGCGCAAUCUCUCAUCAAUGAAAUUAAGCCCGACGCCGUUAUUGUUCAAGCCGGUGCUGGUGGUUUUUCCCCUUUUGAAGACGAGGAGUUUCAUGUUCCGGUACCUACUUCUUCUUUUGGUGUUGUUAAACGGUGUUUUGUUGAUAAAAUUGGUAGGGAUAAGUAUGAGAGUGUUGCAGGGGAUUUUGUUCUUAGGGAGAUUUUUGGGACUGGGUUUGAUGGGCAUUUGUUGGCGGCGAAAAAGGCUGCUCGUGAUGUUGGUUCGGAUUUCAUUGUUGUUCAAUCGCCUUUAGGGAAUUCUUGUUGGAGUAACAACAAUGAUAGUAAUAAUAAUUCUGGUGGAGUUGAUGGUGGAAAUAGGUUUAUGAGUAUUGUGAAUAGUUUGGUUCCUCAGCAGCAAAGUGCGGGGUCAAUGGCUUUGAGGAGAUUUUCUGUUAGUAAAAAUGUUAGGAUGGUGUUGGCAGAGGGUUUAUCUGGCUAUAUGGAUCCUCUUUUGAUUGGUAAUAGUAAGAAUGACUCUGUUUCUGCGGGUUCGGUGGAAAUUCAGCCGACGACUAGUUAUGAUACUCCUGCAUUUGCGAAGUCUGUUUAUCCUUUGCUUGAGGACUUGCAUGAUAUGUUUUCUGAUUUACCGUCGAUGGGGAAUGCGUUGGCGCAUGUGCAGAAGAUGUUGUUGAAUGUGAAUAGAGGGGAGGUUCUUGAUACUAGAACGGUUUCUGAGGUUUAUACUUUUAGGAUUGCAGUUGAGGGGCUUAGGAUAGCUUUGAAUAAUAAAGGGUUGCGGCCAAUUGGUGAGAAAGGUGUUUCGAAGUCGGACAAGGUUGAGUUCUCGGAGCUUGAGGUUGAUGAGAAGUCGCAAGUGUUGUUUGCACAGUCCAUUCGUAGCCAGACAGAUAAGUUUAAAACCAUUGUGGCAGUAGUUGAUGCUGGUGUUUUAGCAGGUAUUAGGAAACACUGGGAUACUCCUCUUCCGGAUGAAGUUAAAGAGAUUGUUGGAGAAUUAAUCACGGAUUCUGAAGGGAAAGGGGUUAGUUUAAAUAAUGGUGACAGAAAGCGGUUGUUAGCAGAUAGACCUGUGAUGGCAGUUGGGGCUGGAGCAACAGCAGUUUUAGGAGCUUCAUCUCUGACCAAGGUAGUUCCCAUGUCGACGCUGACCAAGGUUGUUACUUUCAAAAUUCCAACUUCACUCAAGAUUAUUCUCAGCCAAAUGCAGAAAAUACUGAGUGUUGCAGUUGGUCCAUCUAAAGUCGUGGCACCCGGCUUUGCGACUUCUGGAGCCAAAACAUCGGGUUUAAUGAAGGCAGCUGCAUCUGCUGAAAAGAUUAGAGUCGUUACUCACAGUGUUAUAGCCUCUGUUGAAAAAACCAGUGUUUCAGCUAUGAGGACGGCAUUCUAUGAAAUAAUGAGGAAGCGGAAGUUGCAGCGUGUUGGCUUCUUGCCGUGGGCUACAUUCGCAGGUAGCAUUGGAACUUGCACUGGCUUGCUUUUGUAUGGUGAUGGGAUUGAGUGUGCUAUUGAAUCUCUCCCUGCCGCACCCUCAAUCGCCAGUUUGGGGCGUGGAAUUCAAAAUCUACACGAGGCAUCUCAGGCGGUGAUGCAAACAGAAGGAACUAGAGUCCAAAAAUCAAUAGAAUCUCUUGUAAACAGAAUAAGAAAGGCAAGGGAUCAAUAG